UUCACUCACCACUGCGACGACUGCCAAAAAUUCGAUGUCAUGACCUAUGUGAAGCCCAUUCCCGCUCCCUUCUCGUCCGUUGUCGCGCGCCAGCAACCGCGGACCUUCCCUCCUCGCCUCGCUGUCCGGACUUUGCGAUCGAAGCGUAACGCCUCGGCGGUUCGUCGGUUGAGCGCGGCAAAACGAACGGGAUGGGCGAGCCGCGUGGGUGGCGAUGAAUGUUUGCUGCCUCCACAGCGAGGCCCACCGCCGUCUUUUCGCACGCCGUACCUCAAGACAUCUGACAGAAAAUAAUCUCUGGUUCAUGAAUUUUAUUCAUUUAUUUAAGACUAAAGAUAGAGCUCGCGCCUUCUUCCUCGAGGACCCACAAGACAGACAACGGCCAAUCGCACGCUCGAGCAUGCCAUCGAAGAGCAAGAAAAAGGGCGGCGCAUCGAGGCCGGCAGGGCCAGCGCACACGGACUCACUCAGAAAAGACAUCGAAGCGGCGAGAACCACCGAGAGGAAGAAGCAGUCGUCGCAAGAUCCCUUUUCGGAUGGUGACGGAAACCCCGACGACGGGCUCGACAUUGCCGACCAGCUGCUGGCUAGCCUCGACGCACGGGAUGCCGCGGCUGCUGGUCUCGCUCAACCGCCGCCGGCAAAGGAGGAGAAGAGCAGCCAUCACCUUGCCGUUCCGCAGGCUGAUAAGCCGAGACGGAGCAGUGGCAUGUCGGGGGAGAGCGGACAGAGUGGGAGCAGCUCCUCAUCUGCGUCACACAGAGGGCCUGGCGAGAUGCUCAGAGACAUCUUUGGCGGGCAUCAUCAUUCGAAGAGUCCGCCGCCGAUCGAAGACGGGGCAACAGACGGGGCAGGCUCGGGCUCGGGAGGAGCGACUGGGGCGGCGGCCGAAAGUACCUCAAUGAAGAGGGGCGGGUCAAUCUCAAAGAGCAUGGGCAAGCUCUUCGGUCACAGCCCCGGCAAGGAUGCUGAGACGUCACCGACGCUUUCACCUUCGGAUAGCAACUCCACUGCCGACGGCGCCAAGAAAAAGGUGCCAAGGCAAAAGGCCCGAAAGGUGAGUCUUAACUCUGUCUGUCUCGCUCCUUGUUUGCGACGCAUGAUACUGGCGCCCGACGGCGCGAGAGCCGACCCGCCGAGAUAUGAUCGAUGUGUCGGGGCGAGAUGGCUUCGUCACGCCUUUUUUGUGCGUGGGCGUAGGUUUUGUCGUCCUACUCUGCCCACAAGAGGAGGACUACACUGGGCUGAGGUCUCUUCCUUGUUGGGAUUGGGUGCGGACGGCGGUCGUUAUCUUUGUCUUCCCUGAAAAAGUGACUUGUGUCUGACUGUUCUCUGUCGCUUUUCUUCCCUGCUUUCUUUCUCUCUCUUUCCAUCAUCGACUCGACCUUGCGACCUCACAUCUGUCCACCUUGGCUUUAUAUCCAUGUUCGCACAACCCUUUACCUAUCCGGGUCCUACGGCUACCCGCCCCUCUCCCUCUCCAUCGCCUCUGCCUUCGCCUACCUUCCGUCCACGCUCGUGGAACCAAACGCCGGCUCAAUCUGCAUCACGCGUCCUUCGCCCUUCAUUCCACCGGUCGAAAUCAUCGUCGUCGUGCCACUCUCUCUCGGCCCGUUCCGACCUUGGCAUGUCCUGCAUUGCCCCUUCGCCCUUUCCGAUC